AUGGCGGUGUCAUCGGACGGGAAGUACUUGGCCUCGGGUGAUCAGAAUAAACUGAUCUUCAUCUGGAAUGCAGAAACCUGCCAGAACCUUCACAAGUUCCAGGGACACCGAGGAGCCGUGUCUGCACUCUCCUUCCAGAAGGGGACGUAUCAGCUGUUCAGCGCCUCCCACGAUCGCUCUAUCAAAGUCUGGAAUGUCGCAGAGAACUCCUACAUAGAGACCCUUUUCGGCCACCAGGAUUGUGUCACCGGAUUGGACAGCCUGAGCCGAGAGCGCUGCGUGACGGCAGGAGGACGAGAUGGGACGGUCCGAGUGUGGAAGAUCGCAGAAGAGUCGCAGCUUGUCUUCAGCGGGCAGGAGGGUUCUAUAGAUUGUAUCCGGUUGAUAAACGAGGAGCACAUGGUCUCCGGAGCAGAUGAUGGCUCCAUCGCGGUGUGGAACGUGUCGAAGAAGAAGCCCCUUGCUCGGGUAAAGUGCGCACACGGGAAGCAUGGGGUCCCCGGCUUGGAGGAGCCCCAUUGGAUCUCGGCCGUGUCUGCCGUGCUGAACAGCAAUGUGGUCGCCUCCGGAUCUCAUGACGGCUCCGUGCGUUUGUGGCAGUGUGGGGAGGGAUUCCGGGGUCUGCACCCCCUCUUCACCAUUCCCCUGGUUGGGUUUGUGAAUUGUCUCCAGUUCUCGACUACGGCAGAGUUUUUGGUGGCUGGAGUUGGCCAGGAACACAGACUCGGACGUUGGUGGAGGUUAAAAGAAGCCAGAAACGGGUUGUACAUCAUUCCCUUCAAGAGGAAGCAGCCGCACAGUGAAGGAUCCUGA